CACUGGAGCUCAAUCGAACCAUUCGUGCAAUGGACGACCGACCACCGAUUCCUCGCCAGUGACACACACGACAAGGGACCCCAUCCGACUCGAGAUGCCCUGACGAGAUGGAAGGGCAGCAGACAGGGCCGCCAUGUCAUCUUCGCUCCCUGUCCCCUCCAAAGCGGCCUUGACGGCGCUGCGAGGACUACUCGUGGGCACCUCGUGCACCCUCGCCGUGCUCGCCGAGGACCGUCGACGGAAAAUCAACAACGCGGUGCGCGCGAUCGAAAAUGGCGAGAAAAUUAAGUCAGCCAGGAGAUACCGCGCGGGAGCCGGGGCGCUAGCCGUGGCCAUGGAGGAGGAGGCCCUUUGGGAUCCGCGGUUCGGACCGCUUUCUGACUUUGGCCUGGAGCUGCAUCGACAUGAUCAUACCGCGAAAGAGUCGGGGGAAGCGAGGAAUCAGCCACCUCAAUGGCGGGCUGGGGAAGAUGGGGUUGGAACUCUGGCAGAAACAACAAGGGUGACCUCGGUGAAGGGCCAAACGGUUGCGGCAUCAACGCAGAGCAACACCAGCAACACCACAGAUACAAGCUCCCCUGCGAAACCCGGACAACUCGUUAAAUCUCCAAAACGCGCUCAAAUCCAGCCUAUCCCCAAGCCGACUGCGUCACUCAAAUCCUCCCCGAGCUGGGCGUCAAUGAGCACCGAGAUGGUCAAAUCAUACUCGUUCCCCACAAAUGACGAGAUUGUGGUCCAAGUACACGAAGCCUGCAACACCAAAGAUCCCGUCCAUAUUGGCACUGCAUUGCGAACACUUCUCGAUGCGAUAGAUCACAAACUUGCCCCAGAUAACCUAAACCGGCCCUGGAUCGAAGCCACUGCGCGACUUUGCCGGACGUGCCAAGAGGAAGGGCGGCUGGAUGAUGCCGCGAGGCUUCUCGAUCGGAUAAUAUCCCAGGGGUUGCUUCAAGAGAGUGACUAUGUCGAUCAUGAACCCUUCACGUUGAUCGAGUCACUACUCGCACGGGCAGAACUCAACCAGCAAGCGCAAGAUGUCUAUGCGGCAGACAUCGACCUUGCUGUCAACUUGUUUGGCCCGAAAUUCGUUGAACGGCCAAGAGGCGCGAACCAGCAGGUCUACAGUCUCGGGCGGAGACUCCUCGAGCUUUGCUUCGCCGCGGGACUUGUCCAAAGGGGUUUUGGCGUCUAUCGGCGAUGCAUCAUGUCUGCGGACGACAGGGGGAACGACCUCGCCGCUUGGUUCCUCCAGAAGCUCUACGAGAGGCAGGACUAUACAACCGUCGUCAGAACCUUCAUCACAACCUUUGCUCAGUCCUCUCCAUUGAAAGCUUCUCUGGAUACCGUCGGGGACAUGGUGGUUGACAGCGUUGAACUCGCCCAUGAUCACAGGCCAAACGAGGUCUUGGAGACACUGCACAGGCUCUGUACCGGGCUCGGAAAUACAAAGCUGUACCCGAAAUGGGUCAUGAAACUUUUAACAUCACAUUGGAGAAAACACCGCAAGUUCGAAGAGGUCGAGGUCAUGUUUGAAAAGCUUCAAACCCCUCGUCUGAAGGAUUCCGUGUUCCGCUCGCGCAACAUUUACCGCAUCAUGGUUGAACUGGCUCUCGAGGCGGGUCAGGAGGCCAAGGCUGACUCGUACUUCGCUCUUGCCAUCUCACAGCAUCGCUCUCUAGCGUCCGAUGUUAAGCUGCUGGGCGUCGUUGCGCGUUUUCACGCCGCGGAUGGUGACUGGGAGGCCGUGCGGGCUGACUUCGAAGCAAUGGACCAAAGUAGGGAAGCACGCGACCAAGUCCGUGGUCAGGUCUUUGUCCCGGUGCUCAAGGCGUACGCUGAAACGCAUACGGUCCGAGAGACUGAGGCGUUUCUCAAGUUCUAUGUCGACGAGCUGAACGUGCCAUUGUCCAGCUUCAUGGUCACACUCAUGGCCAAGCAGUACGGCGCCAUCCGCGACGUCAACUCUCUGAUCGCCUGGCUUGACUAUUGCAGUCAAGCAGAGUUCCCUGUCGAUGCUGCCUUUUCUAAUGCCAUUCUCGUGAGGUGCCGAAGGCAGUGGAACUUUCCAUUCCGGGACCUCCGCACACUCUUCCGGAAGCUUCAGGUGCUAAACCCGGACUUUGUGGACAAGCACACGGAGCAAGUCAUGGCUGACGCCGCGCUAUCGGACUCCAAGUACGGCGGCAAAGCAGCGAGAGGGCGGCUGCUCUCGCUACACAUAGACCUACCUGAAUCCCCCGGCCGGGACAAACAUGUCCACGCUGAGGAUGUGAUAUUCGCCAUGAAACAAGCACUACGAAGCGGCUCAUCUCGUCGCGCCGUGCAGAUCUACCAGCGGGCUAUACACUCGAAUAUGCCCUUCUCCCCGCACGCCCUGCAACUCGCCGUGCAGGCCCACCUAACAUGGGCACCUACCGACUUCGACGGUGCAUACACCAUCCUCCGAAGAGCCCAAAUCAAAGGCGAGGACAUCACCCAAACAAUCAACCACCUCCUCGCCAAACAGAUCACCAGCGUCGCCUCAUCCACCCGCAACCCACAACAAGCCGACCGCCUCAUCCGAGCAACCCUCACCCACUACCACGAAGCCGGCAUCCGCAUAACCGAAACCUCCCUGCACCGCGCCGCCGCCCUCUGCCUCGCCGUCGGCCACCCGUGGGGAGCCAUCCACUACGCCCUCAGCGCGGCCAACGAGCGCGGCACCGAACCCUGCUUCAACCUCCAAAACUUCAAAAUCCUCCUCGCCGCCUACGCGGACCUCCUCGACGCCGACCGGCUGCGCGAAACCAUCGCCCGCGGACUAGCCAGCUUCUACCGGGAAGACGGCGCCUGCCGCGCCGCGCUGAGGCAGGCGCGCGCGAGGGUGGCGCGCUCGCAGGCCCCCGCCUCGCGGGUGAGCUCGCUGGAGGAGCGCAAGAUGCGGGCGCGGGCGGUGGUGGACGAGGGCAUCGGGCGGGUGGUGGAGGCAAGGCGGGAGCUGAGGGCCGAGGGCAAGGUGCUGGAGGAGGCGGCCGUGCGCAUCAUGAGGAGGGCUGCGCUGGAUGCGGGGAGGGAGGAGGUGGAUUUUGCGGAGGUGCCGUGGUUGGAUGCUGUCGUCAACAGCAACCUGCAACAGGCCACCGCUGUCCUCUUGGGCUUCGCCAUCGCCUGA